AUGCUCUCCGACGCAACCGGCCGGCGCAUCCUCCGGGACCGACCACGCAUAACCUCGCAGACCCUCUCACUACCUUAUCUACGCUCCCUCCCGCCCAACAGCCUGGGCUACACGUAUGCAUUCUGGCUGGACCGCGAGGGCGUCACGCCCGACACCCGCAGCAGCGUGCGGUACAUUGACAACGAAGAAUGCGCAUAUGUGAUGCAACGAUACCGCGAGUGCCAUGAUUUCUACCAUGCUGUGACCGGCCUUCCUAUCGUGGUAGAGGGAGAGCUGGCGCUGAAGAUAUUCGAGUUCAUGAACACGGGUCUUCCGAUGACGGGUCUGGCUGCUGCUGCUGUGGUGCGGUUGAAGGGAGCCGAGAGGGAGAGGUUCUGGGAUAUUCAUCUGCCGUGGGCUGUGAGGAGCGGAGCAAAGAGCAAAGAGCUUAUAUGCGUUUAUUGGGAGGAGAUGCUGGAGCGGGAUGUGGGUGAGAUACGGGCUGAGUUGGGCAUAGAGGUGCCGCCUGAUCUGAGGGAGAUAAGACGGCAACAGAGAAAGCGGGAUAAAGAGAAGCAGAAGAAGGAACAGGCUGUACAAUAG